AUGGAAAUGGUACUUAAAAGACCUUCUAUAAGGACUCCCAAGUGUUGUUCUUCUCUGGAUGAGUAUGGAACUUUUUAUCCUUGUGGUGAUGAUGGAUCAUAUGACAUGAAGGGUGACGGAGAAGGUGAAGGGUACAAUAUAAAUGUUCCAUGGGAGAAUGGAAAAUGUGGUGAUGCAUAUUAUAUUGCAGCAUGGGACUAUAUAUUGAUCCCUGUUGCAAGAGAAUUUAAACCUGAUAUAAUUCUAGUUUCAGCCGGAUUUGAUGCAGCUAUUGGUGAUCCUCUUGGAGGCUGUCGUAUCACACCACAUGGUUUUGCUAUAUUGUUGAAGAAGUUGAUGGAGUUUAGCAAUGGAAAGAUAGUUAUGGCAUUGGAGGGAGAAUACAAUCUCAACUCAAUAGCAAAUUUAGUACUUUCUUGUUUACAAGUUCUAUUACAAGACAAACAUAUUUUUGUACCCUCUGAGAUUUAUCCAUUUGAAUCCACUUGGAGAGUAAUCAAAGAGGUUCGUGAGGAAUUGAGUGCAUAUUGGCUGAUACUUGCAGAGAAGUUACCUGAGAAGUUAACCAGUAAAGUAACACCUCUAGUUAAGUGGCCGAUCCAGUAUACUAGAAGUGAGGUGUGUGGACCCCACUCAGAAAUGGGUCCCACCAACAAUAUUAUAGAAAAAAAAAGAAUGCCAGCUCGGAUUCUCAGAGCUAUGGAAGAUUUUGAUGAUUGGACUAAUUGGCUUAUGUAUAAAGGUGGAGUUGGAGUGAAAGGAGACAAUAGUUGGGAAUCCUGGUGGGAUGAAGAACAGACACAUAUCUAG